CCUCGGUCCAUAUGUUGAAGCCUGAAGAAAAUAGUGUGCCAGGAGCAGCGGUUGUCCCGACAGUGGCGCCGGCAGCUCCAGUGGAAGGACACCCGGCUCCGUACACACGAAAGCGCAACCUGCAGCAUGUCGCCACGCACGACGACAGACUCCGCGUGAUGACGUGGAUGCUAGCGAAAGAACAAACUCUCCUUGCCGAGGCUGGCAACGGUUCUAGCGACGGCGGCGCCAAACCCGAGACGUCCAAGAUGGCUAAAGUGGAUCGGCUGUGUUUGGCGACUCAGGCGAUUGCGGAGUUCCCGAGUUUGUUCCGUGGAUCUGCACAGGCCAACUACAUGAAGGCGAGUCGGUGGUGGAAGGAGAGUCGCGAGUACAUCUAUGGGACGUCCGGCAUGACAGGGUCCAAGAAGGCACGAACUGGGCGCGGCCGCAAGACGAAUGCAUGGACGUCGUGGCUCCAAGACGAGCUCAAGGCCUCACUCGAGGUGGAGGGCACGAACAGCUCGUGGAACAACAAGGAUCUUCUCGUGAUGGCCAAGAACAUCUUGGACAACUCGACACACCCCGAGUUCAACAAGGACUACAUCGUGCCCCAGCGCAACUGCGCGCUCGGCGACCUCGUGAACCUGCGAUGGGUGCAAAACUUCAAAGAAAGGUUCCACUACCACCACCAUCUGCACACCCACCGACUCCAUCAGCAUCACGACGACGCGGCCGCGAGUGUGGCGGGGGGCACUGGCGGCGGGCAACAGACUAGCCUGGACGCCGCCAUGGAGGCCAAGUUGCUGCACAACUUGGCGACGAUUCGAGCGACGAAGGACGGCGCCCCCGUCGUGAAGAAGGAAGUGAUGCAUCUCGCGAAUCAACUCAUCCGGGAAGCACACCCCAUGUUCAAAGUCGACACGACCUGGUACAAGGCCUUUUGCGACCGGCACCCCGAGGUGGCCGCGCCCAAAGACCAGCUGCCGCCAGCAGCUGUGACACCGGCCCUGGCCUUGGAUGAGCCGGCAGACCCCACGGACCGACCGUCGCCGUCCUCCACGGCAACGUCGCUUUUGCAUCCCGCCGACACCUCCACGUUUCAUACAACAUCGUCGUCGGUCAUUGACGAAGCCAAGGCCGUGGAUGUGUUUCGUGCGAUUGCCGCUGGCCUUGUCAACACGGUCAAGAGUUUGCUGUUGCAAGGCGCCAACACGGAAGGCUGUGACGAGCAUGGCUGCACGGCGCUCGUGGUCGCGACAAAGGCCAGCCACUACAAUAUGGUCAAAGUGUUGUUGGACUGUGGCGCGAAAACCGAAGCCACUGACGAGCACGGACAGACGGCGCUGGUGCUGGCCGCCGCAUCAGGUCAAUUUCAUGUGGCCAAGAGUUUAUUGGAGCACAAGGCCAACGUGGAAGCGACCAACGACCAAAGCAAGACACCGUUGGUGCUCGCAGCCGAGCGCGGGGACCUGAAGCUCGUGAAGCUCCUCGUGCGGUUUGGAGCUAACGUUGAAGCCCGCGACGAGGACGACAACACGGCCAUUUUAGCCGGGGCCAAGCACGGGCAUACGGCUGUGGUGGACUUCCUAGCCAAGAAGGGCGCGGCGGUGUCGGUGGCCGACGUCGAAGGCGUAUCGCUGGCGCUCUUGGCCAAACCCACCACCGAAACCACCGCAGAAGAUGACGACAACACAGGACCCCCUCCUCCUCCUCCUACUAGUAGUAGUAGUAGCAACGUGUUAAUUUGAGUGCACAAUAGUAAGUAGUUUAUGGGGAUUGUUACUAUAUUAGUA